AUGACUAGCUUGGUUCGAACGCUGCUACUGUUGCAAAGCGAAAAUGGCGACAAAGCACACCUCACUGCUCGUUCCCAUGAAAUUCAGACGCCAACGUUCGCCGACGAGCCUCUGACGGGGAGCCUUCGUACGGGCUUCAUCGCAAUAGGAGUAGUCGCUCUCUGCUCGUGGAUCGCCACGUUCUCGCUCAUUUCCUUCCUAACGUACCGAUUCAUUUUCUGGCAGCAUUACUACAAACGUCCUCUCGCGCAGAAUCAAUAUGUCGUGCUCAUCUAUAACCUCCUUCUCGUCGACAUCCAACAAGCGUCGGCGUUCUUGAUCUGUCUGCAUUGGGUCUCCCGUGGCGGCGUAAAUUACCCGAGUGCGGCAUGCGUUCUCCAAGGGUGGUGGAUCCAGACCGCAGAUCCAGGAAGUGGUUUAUUUGUGUUGGCCAUUGCGAUACAUACUUGUUCAGUUGUGCUACGUGGGCGGCAAUUGCCCUAUACAACGUUUAUCUGGUGUGUCGUUGCGCUCUGGGGUUUCAUCCUUCUGCUCGGAUUCAUUUCCGUCGGAUUGUAUGGCUCGAGGACCUUUGUCAUUUCGGAAGCCGGCUGGUGCUGGCUCAGUCCAAAAGCAACAGCUGAGCGGCUCUGGGGACACUAUUUGUGGAUUUUCCUUGCCGAAUUCGGCACCAUCAUUUUGUACGGCGUCAUGUUUUUCUACCUCCGGCGUCAGAUGAAACAAGCAGCGGCCCUUCGACAAAACCAUAAGGAAAGUCUUAACCGAUUGAACCGAGUCGUCGUAUACAUGGUUAUCUAUCCUCUGGUCUACCUCGUCCUCUCCCUUCCUCUGGCUGCGGGGCGAAUGUCUUCGGCCAGAGGAGUCGUUCCCAGCAAGGCAUACUUUGCCGUUGCCGGUGCCCUCAUGGCUCUGUCCGGACUUUGCGAUGUCAUUGUGUACACAGUGACCCGCCGGCAUCUGCUACUGGACACCGAGGUCAGCACAUCGGACCGUUACUACGCACACACCGGCUCGAAUCUGUACAACAACACGCACGUCAGCACCACCGUUGUGGGCCCCGACAGCAAGAAGUCUCGGGCCAAGUCUCGUCUCCGCCGUGGCUUGCAAGGUAUGAACGAUACGGUGCUCGAUGACCGAGGCGACUCGACGGAAGAUAUUGUACAGAAAGGCGACAUGGAGCUCGGCCAUAUGGGUCACGGAGUAUACCAGGAAACGACUAUUGAGAUCACACACGAAGCAGCAGAGCCACAGGACGCCUUACGGAAGCCAAAUCGAUUCAGCAGAUAA